ACGCACAGACAAUAUGGUUAUUUUCUUAUUUUGACUUCUUAAAGAACGUACAUGUAUAAAACGUCAUUUUUUAUGGUGAAAAACAUUUAUUUUAAUCUAAUUUAAAACUUUAUUCUACUAACCCCCCAUGUUACCCUAUUCACCGAUGCGUCUAAGUUAAAGUAAGUAUUUUCAACAGUGUGAUGAUGCCUGCACUUCGCGACCCUUUUUUUCGCCCCAGGAUCCAGGAUGCAGCUCUGAGCUGACCACACCCCUGCUGUUUCCCCGGUGGGAGGAGGUUGCGUUCAACAGGAGGGGUUCAAGUUCAGUUGGGACAGCCCCCUAAAGACGCCAGUUCCCCACGUAGAGAGGAGAAAAAGAGGAGGGCAGCCACAGCCAGAGAGGGAAGCCCCGGGGAGCAGCUGAUCCCGGAUAAAACAAAAGCCAUGCAUUCCGUAGGCAGGUCGUGGCUACUGCUUACCGGCUUCGUGCUGUUUUAUGUCGUCUACCUGCUCUUCGGAGCGCUCGUUUUCUCCAGCCUCGAGCGGCCGGCGGAGGACAAGCUGCGCGAGGACGUGGAAGCCCUGAAGCUGGAGUUCCUGAACCACAGCUGCGUCAACGUCGCGGCGCUCGAGGGCUUUCUGCUCAAAGUGCUGACGGCCAACAAGUACGGCGUCUCCGUGCUCAAGAACGCCUCCGUCGUCUCAAACUGGGACCUGGCGUCCUCCAUGUUCUUCGCCAACACUCUGGUAACCACCGUCGGUUACGGCCACACCACUCCCCUGUCAGACGCUGGGAAGGCCUUCUCCAUCCUCUACGCCCUGAUCGGAGUCCCCUUCACCAUGCUGGUGCUCACCGCCUGCGUCCAGCGGAUCAUGCACCCUCUCGUCCUCGCCCCCGUCGGCCUCCUGCAUCGUCUCGGUCUGCGGCCUCGGCCGGCCACCGUGGUCCACUUUACGCUGCUGCUGCUCCUGGUGGUGCUGUGCUUCUUUGUGGCGCCGGCCGCCGUGUUCAGGGAGCUGGAGCCUUCCUGGUCGUUCCUGGACGGCGUCUACUUCUGUUUCAUCUCGCUGUGCACCAUCGGCCUGGGAGACUUCGUCCCGGGGACACAGCCCAGGCAGAAGUACAGGUCGCUCUACCAGCUCUCCGUCAUGUUCUACAUGUUCAUGGGUUUGAUGAUGAUGUACCUUGUGCUGCGCACCAUCCACAAAAUGGCCGACCUGCAUGGCCUGACCACCUUCCUGCAGCUCCCGCGCUGUGAGGACCCUGACCUGGAUGAAGACCAGAAGCCCAUCGUGGAGGACGGUCAGGGGGCUCAGGCGCCCUCCUUCCGGACGGAAGAGACCAGCAAGCCCCUGGAGGCGGCAUCGCAGCCCUCCUACAACACCAUCAACACAAGCUGAGCUGGGCUCAGAGAAUAAAAAAGGAAAAAAAAAGAUCUACCUCUGACAUCCAGACUGGUUGGCUGAAUCAGAAUUCUUAAAUUCUUUUUUGAAUUUUUUUUCAUUUCAUCUUCCUCCGUCCCCCCCGUUGAGAAACACCGGGGUCCUGCUUUCCAUAUUUCACAUCUGCGCGUCACAUGGAAAGAACCUCCACACAGACUAGAGCGCCCGGUCAUCUUCAGAGCCGAGGUCGGCCUCCACCACUUGGAUGCACCUUGAGAAGCAUGAAUGCUGCAGAGCGUUUAAAACACGGGUGACGUUAGCUGGAAAAUCUGAUGGUAUUUCCUGUGUAAGAGCGGUGACUUUGCUGUACUUGGCAGACUACAGAAACCACACAACAGCAUUAGGGAGGGGGGGGUGCUGCCCCCUGGUGUUUACCACGUGGUAGUACUCCUCCAGGACAGAAUAAAAACGGGGUCAAAGGGUUGGGACAGAGGAAGAGGAAGAGGCGAAUCAUGACUGUCAAUAGGUCGUCACUGUUCAUUUCAAUGGGGGAAAAGCACAUGUUGUCAAACGUGGCAUGAUGUGUGUUUAGAGAUCCUGGACACUUGAAAUGCACUUCGUUUGCAUCAGAUAUUUUUCUUUUAGUUGAAUGAGUAGGCUUAUUCUAUCCUGAUACUAUAACCAUACAUUGUGUCCGUUGAUGUUUUGUCCUGUCUGUCCAAUAUGUUUCCACAUUGGAUAAAUGUAAAAGUACCUUUCCAUUUAUUAUGUUUGAUCAGCAAAUGCAGAGCAAGCAAAUGUUCCUUUAUGUAAGUCUGACCGCUUCGAAGUGUCUGUGAUCACAAACACCCAAAUUAGAACGUCUGAAGUGUUUUAGGGGGUAGCAGGUCGGCCUGAAGCUGAAACCUGUGGUCUGUUUAUGUAAUCUUUUUUUACAGUCAUGGUUCUCUGAAUGUGCUACUGCUGCUCAUGAAUGCAGCGCGGCGUUGGAUCACUGAUGCAUAGUAAACUUCCAUUUCCCACCCAUCGGUUUCCAAAAGUGUCAAUGCUGAGCUGUAAAAUGUACUUUAUGCGUUAUAAUAAAUAACU